UAUGACCCGGGAUCCUUCUCUGCUCAUGAAAACAAACUGUCCGUCUUUUACAACCACGCAACCCUGUCACAAUCUGAAAGGUCUCUUUGUCCAUCUUAGAGCACAGGCUGUCUCCUUCUGGGCUGAGAUCACAGGCACCGGUUCUGCUGCCGCCCCACGUAAUGUAACGUCAUUGCUGUCGCUGUUCCAGCCCCCCGGAUUGCCUGUUUCCUCCGAGGGAAAUGGAAUUACUGGCGUUGGCAGCAGAGGCGUCUCAGAGUUGCGUGGCUUUUGAGGACGUGGCUGUGUACUUCACGGAGAGCCAGUGGGCUCUGCUGGGUCCACCUGAAAAGGCUCUGUACUGGGACGUCAUGCAAGAGAAUUACGAAAACUUGUCCUCUUUGGGAUUUCCGGUUGCAAAGCCCAGCUUGAUCUCCCAGCUUGAGCAAGAGGAAGACCCCUGGAUUUCUGAUGAUCAUGAAGUUGAGCCAGACCCAGAAUUUCCUGAUGUGAUAAUAAAGCUGGAAGAGGAGGAAGCCUCAUGGGUCCUGGACCACCAGAGGUGUGAGGACAGUACGGCCUUUCCAGGUUUUCCUGACGUUGCAUUAAAGCAAGAGCAGGAAGAGGAGCUGUGGGCCCUCAAUCCCCAAGGAGACGAGGAAAAUGCAGAUAUUGCCACUGAUCACACAGGAUUUCCUGGUAUAAUAGUAAAACUGGAAUUAAAGGAGGAGAUGUGGACCCCAGAUUUCCAGAUAUCUGAGGAAAAUGCAACGUUUUCAGGCAUCCAGUCAGGCAAUGGGUGUACAAAAGGGGAUGACUACAUUUCACUAGAAAGCAAUAAUCAAGUGGCAACAGAAAAGACAGCACUAGGAAUUCUGAAAGGGGCUAGAGCCUCCCAGGAUCCAAAGAGGGAAGAGGUCUCUGUGAAUGAAGAUGGAACAAGGCAACAAGGAAAUGCCUUAGGGCAGAGAGUGAGAAAGACUUUAUUUUGUGAGGAAGGUGACAUCAAAGAAACCAAACUACAAAACAGAAUUCAUAAGUCCGGAAGAAUACUUCAGAAAAGAGAGGAACCAUAUAAACAUUUAGAUGGCGAGAAGAGAACUGGUUGGAGACACUACCUGAUGGUCCAUGGGAAGAAACACACAGGAGAAAAAUUGUAUGCAUGCUCAGUCUGUGGGAAAAAAUUCUUUCGAAGGUCCCAUCUUAUUAGACACAAAAUAAAUCACACAGGUGAGAAACCAUAUACAUGCACAGUCUGCAGGAAAAACUUCAGUCAAAGAUCUCAUCUUAUUAGUCACGAAAGAACCCAUACAGGGGAAAAACCAUUUCAGUGUUCUGUCUGUGGUAAGAAUCUGAGUCGCAAAACACUCCUAAUUAGACAUGAGAGAAUUCAUACAGGAGAGAAACCAUAUAAUUGCUCUGUCUGUAGUAAAAGCUUUAGCCAGAGCUCUGGCCUUAUUGCCCACAAGAUCACCCAUUCGGGAGAAAAACCAUAUGUAUGUUCAGUCUGCGGGAAAAGGUUCAGUCGCAAAGCAAGCCUUAUUAGACAUGAAAGGAUUCAUAUGGGAGAGAAACCAUAUACGUGUCCUGUCUGUGGCAAAAACUUCAGCCAGUGCUCUGGCCUACUUCAGCAUGAAAGAAUUCAUACAGGAGAAAUUCCAUAUAAAUGCUCAAUCUGUGGGAAGAGCUUCAGUCGUAAAGAUUGCCUUCUGGGACAUAAAGGAAUCCAUACAGGAGAAAAACCAUAUACAUGCUCGGUCUGUGGGAAAAGCUUCAACUGGAAAAGUUACCUGGCUGUCCACGAGAGAAGCCAUAAUGAAGAAAAAUUGUAUAUAUGCUCAAUCUGUGGGAAAAGCUUCAACCAAAGAUCAAAUCUCCUUAGUCAUGAAAAAACCCACACACAGGAAAAAACUUAUACAUGCUCCAUCUGUGGUAAAAGCUUCAUUCACAAAGUCAGCCUUAUUAGACAUGAACGAGUCCAUACUGGAGAGACACCAUAUAAAUGCUCUGUCUGUGGGAAAGGUUGCAGUGGGAGAACUAACCUUAUUUCACAUGAAAGAACCCACACAGAGGAAAGACCUUACACAUGUUCUUUCUGUGGUAAAAGCUUCAAGCAAAGAUCAAACCUUACCAGCCAUGAAAGAAUUCAUACUGGAGAAACUCCCUAUACUUGUUCAGUCUGUGGGAAAAGCUUCAGCUGUAAAGCAAAUCUUCUUGGACAUGUGAGAACACAUACUGGGGAGAAACCAUAUUCAUGCUCUGUUUGUGGGAAAAGCUUUGGUAAUAAAUCACAAGUAGUUAUUCAUGAGAGAAUUCAUACAGGGGAAAAACCAUAUACCUGUUCAAUAUGUGGGAAAAGAUUCAAACACAGAACAAGCUAUACCGAGCACCAGAAAAUACAUACACAGGAAAAGCCAUUCACAUGCUUGGUGUGUGGUAGAAGCUUUAGUCGUAAGGAGCACCUGAUUAUCCAUGGGAGAAUCCACACAGGAGAAAAACCAUAUUCGUGCUCAGUCUGUGGGAAAAGCUUCAAGCAAAAAUCAAGCCUUACUUCACAUGAGAGAAGUCACACAGGAGAGAAGCCACAUACGUGCUCGGUCUGUGGGAAAAGUUUCAAUCGAAGGUCAAACCUCAUUCAUCACGAGAGAAUUCAUACAGGAGAAAAACCACAUCCAUGUGAAGUCUGUGGCAAAAGUUUCAGGAGCAAAGCAUACCUGAGGAGGCAUGAAAAAAUCCAUGCAAGAUAGAGAUUCCACGUAAAAGUGGGUUUGUGCCUACAAUGAAAACCACAGUUGGUAAGAAUAAGUAAACAAAAUUAUUCCAGCAGAGAAAAUAUUUAAAUAAUAUUUGCAUCUAAACAACAGUGUAGAUCUAUGAGAAUUAGUUUCUGCAAGUCUUAGGUUCACCUGUGCAUCCCACUGCUCUCUCCCAGUAUUGCUGAAAGGAGGUGAUCAGAAGCAUUUGAUUCCAUUUUCCUCCAAAAGUGGUUACUUUUCUGUCUGAACCAAGUUAACUAUGAUUAGUGUUAACAAUGGCUUAGGCAAGUGUAGGCAACCUUUUGCCCUAGAUAUUUUGGACUACAUUUCCCAUAAACUCCAGCUAGUAUGCUCAGUGACUAGGGAUUAGGGGACUUGUAAACCAAAACAUCUUGUUUAGAGGAACAAGCCAGAAACUUAAAUCAUAGUUUGAAGUUAGGUUGUUUCCUUAAUACAUUGUUGCAACUAACUGUAGUUUGUUAAAACUGAUAUAGGUUGUCAAGGUUCAAACAAGACUCUGGUCAACUGAAAGUAGUGCCAGAGGGAAAUGGGGUGUAAAAUCGUAGAUCAGUGCAUGUAACACAGUGCCACAAAUCAGCACUAAUGUGCAAACCAGGCCAAUGAGUAUGGAAAAACUUAGGCCUAAGAGUUCCUAAAUUUUCCUGUAUAAGGAUGAAUUAGAAGGUAAGGGCUCAGACUUUGAUUUAAAGAAUUAAGUCACAGCUGGAUGUGUUUUGGGAAACAUUGGAGCAUUAAUUCUGAAUUAAAUGUUAAAAACAUCAAGGUUUGUACGAGUAACAAAAUGUUCAGAAUGAGUUCAACUGUUCAUCUCAUAUUCCGGAGAUACACUACGUUGUGAAAAAAACUUCCUUUACAGAUUUUAUUUAAGCAUCAGAGGGGGAAAAUACAGGACACUGGAGAAGUAAAGGCUGAAUGAUGCAGAAAUCCCAACCUUAUACAGAAAUUAUAUACACCAUAAUAAAGUGCAGCAUUUUCUUCUCACUGGUCUAUGGUAGCAAACCUACAGUGCUAUGUAUCAUGCAUUUCUUUAUGACCAGCAUUUGUGGGUCACAAAGAGCCUUGUUCUACCAUGUAAUAUUCACUCUUCCAAUUUCAAAUCUAACUUCUGACCCUUUUUAUUCAUACUAAAUUCUAGGUUUUUAAAAUUAUCAAUAUUGUGCUCCUAUGUAAGGUGUAUAAAAGAAUAUUUGUUUGGC